AGACCUUGCUUUGGAAUCGGUUUCCCAAGUUUGUGCUGGGCUUUAUAGUGACAGCGAUCCUAUUCAACACAAUUGUACCGAUGGAGGACAGGGCCGAGGUCAACUCUUUCUCAUUCAUGGUAGGCGAAUGGUUCUCAACCAUGAGCUUUGUCAGCAUUGGAUUAGGACUUCAAUUCCAUGAACUUCGACGUGAAGCCAGACUGUUACUCAAACUGACGACGCUGUACGCUCUGGCGCAGCUCGUUGACAUUUUGAGCACAUUUGGUCUGGCCUAUAUAGCUUUUGAGAUGUUUUAGAAAAUAACAUGUAUCAUAUUAAUGAUCAGAUGCUGUAAUAUACCUGCCGUCGAUGUGGGAACGCUUGGAUAUUGGGUUUUGGUGGAUAUUGAUGAGGAUGAUAGUCUUCCUGAACUAUACGCGCCUUCACUGAUCUCACUCUUUGCGCAGCCACAAGUGGCUCCUUCUGAUUGCUCCACGUUGAUCAUGUCUGUGCUCUCGCGACUAAAACGGCGAUGUGUUGUCCCUGCACGUCAUUUUUUGCAUCUUUCACUUUUUGAGUUUCAUGUCUCAUUAUACCUCUCUCACCCACACUUUUCUUUUUUUUCUUUCUAUCCCUAUUUUCGCUACUGUUCUUAUAAUCUCACUUGUUUUAUUACAGCCCCAAAAAUAAAAAUGAGCAGUUGGCUAAGAACUACAUCCGCCAUUGAUGAACUCGUUGACAAGGCAACCUCAGAGAACUUGCCUGCAGGAAUAGAAGACUUCGCACAGAAUCUGGAGAUAUGCGAUCAAAUCAGGUCCAAGCAGGUCUCACCAAAAGACGCUGCAAAGGCACUCAAGCGCCGUAUUAGCCAUAAAAAUCCUAAUGUUCAACUACUUGCCCUGGGUCUGACAGAUGCCUGUGUGAAGAAUGGAGGUCGGCACUUUCUUGUCGAAGUCGCCUCUAGAGAAUUCAUUGACAAUAUGGUAUCUAUUCUCAAAACACCUGCUGGUUGCAAUCCUGAGGUGAAAACUAAGAUCUUAGCAUUGCUGCAGUCAUGGGGACAUCUUUUCAGAGGAAGUCCAAGCCUAGGAUAUGUCUGUGACACUUACAUGGUUCUCCAACAUGAAGGGUAUAAAUUUCCGCCUGCCGAUAAUGUCGGUGCAGCCCUUGUGGAAACCGCAGCACCUCCAGAUUGGACGGAUUCGGAUGUGUGCACACGCUGUAGAACAGCAUUUACACUUACCAAUAGGAAGCACCACUGUCGUAACUGUGGAGAUACUUUCUGUGGACAAUGCUCGAGCAAUACUAUGUCUCUACCAAACCUUGGAAUCAAUCAGGAAGUGCGUGUAUGCGAUGGAUGCUGGAUUAAGAGGAAAAUGGGUGGUAAGGGCACACCUGUUUACGAUAUCAAUAGCCUAGGUGGGCCUGCUGAGCUUGUUCCAGCUACCAGCAAACCGGCUCAAAGCAGUAGCUCGAAACCAUCUAUGGUGCAGCCACCAAACCCUUUGAGUGAGGAUGAGGAUUUGAAGAGAGCAAUUGAACUAUCGCUGAAAGAGGUUAAUACUCAACCAGGUUAUAAACCCUCAACGCAUAAAGAGCCAGAACCUACAAAAACGACAGAUGUGGCGCAUGGUAGCGACGUGGAAGAUACAGAUUUACUGGCUGCUAUUGAAGCCUCGUUGCGAGAAACCAAUUUGAGUGGAGCUUCUACUUCCACUUAUACGAAUGAGCGUCAAUCAGCCUAUGGGACAUAUACUUACACUAUUGAUACCGAGCGAGCUUCUGUGACUCCAUCAAACACUCUAACCCAAACGGAGAAAGAGAAUGUUGAGUUGUUUGCCUCACUUGUUGACCGAAUCCAGAUGAUGAACGGCGAUGUUUCAAGGGACCGAGAGGUCCAAGCACUAUAUGCGCAGAUUUCAAAGCUUCAAGCUAAGGUCGAUCAAAGUCUUGAGGAGGUCACCAAAAAACAACAGGAAGCAAUCAUGUUCAAUCAGCAGAUUGACCAAGCUGUUAGGAUAUAUGAUCAUUUGUUACAGGAGCGACUCAACAGUUCAUACCAACAAAGGAUGGGUACCAGUAAUUACGGAUAUUCUGGCCUACAGCAGCAGCAACAGCAGCAGCAACAGGGGGAUUUCGGCGCUACUUCAUCUCUUCAUGCACGCCAAGACAUCCCAGUGUACCCGCACCUGAAGGGAUCAGAACCUAGCUACAGUCAGCCCAUGCCCAAUGCACCAUACGCACCAUACUCUCCAAAUGUACCGCCCGUACAACAUAACUAUCAGUACCACUCUCCUCAGACUCCAUCUACAGCACCGUUUGUAGCGAUGCCUUUCGCAUCUGCCCCACCGCCCACUCAGUCAAUCGUUCUGCAAACACCUUAUCAGCCACUACAAGACCCAUACUAUGCUUCCGCACCAGGUCCUUCCACUUCUUUUUCACCAAUCACACAGCAAACACAUCAGCUCCAACAGCAGGAUUAUCAAACGACAAGUGCGCAGCUGCCUACCGCAGUUGAGCCAGUCGGACAUCCUUCAUACACACCUUUUAUUGGCCAACCUUUGCAGUCGUACGUGUCAACGGCACCUGCUGCACCUACACCUGUAGUUCCUGUAGAAGAGAAGCCUCUAAUAGAGUUGUAAAAAUGGAAAUUAUGAUUAAAAAAGCCACAUUAACCAUUGCA